AUGCAAGAUAACGCAUGUGUUAACGUUUCACCAACGGCAUGUACGGCGUAUCAAACUCUAGCCGAACAACAACAGUUUUCUAACUGGUUUUGUCCAAAGUGUUUGAGUGAUGAAACCGUCGAUCGUGUUCCGCCUCGUUGUCUUCAAACGUUAUCUGAUCGAAUCGACAAGAUUGAACAUCAUCUAACAACCAUUAACGACACACAUGAUCAACUUGUUGACCAUCUCGAUAAAUUGAACGAAAACUUGGAACAAGAGAAGCGACGAAAAAACAUCAUCGUCAAAAACUUGUCUCCCGUUGAGGGUAUUAAUGAUAGAGUAGUUGUCGUCCGUUUCGUUCAAGAUGACCUUGGUAUCAACAUUCAUCCGUCUUCCAUCGAUUCGGUGUGGCGAUUUAAAACCUCGUCAGCAACGACUAAUGAUCGUCCGCCACUUCUCGAUAUCGCCUUUAAUGACUUGUCUCUUCGUUCGUCGAUCUUGGCAAAGGCACUGGUGAUAAAAAACUCGUCUGACGUUUCUGUCAAAAUUGUUUACAUCGGUAAGCAUUUGACAAAACAACAAUCUCUGCAAGCCUUUGAGGCUCGACAACGACAGAAUCAGUCGCAACAACAGCAAUCUACUACGUCAUCAUCUGUUGUUGACAUGGAUAGUAAUCGACCGAAUCAAAAUAGUGAUGACAUGAAUAGCAAGCCUACCAAUAACAAUAUUAAUCGUAAUAAUAUUAAUAAUAAUAAUAAUGUCAAUAUUAAUAAUAAUCCCAACGCCAAUAAAUAA